CCUGAUGUUGCGAUAAAGAUAAUGAGAUGACCGUCUGUGGCUGAUUCACAUUAAUUAUGUGAACGGUGACGAACCAUUUUAGGCAUAAGAUAACACGCCCUUGCUUAUAUUCAUCGAUAUCGUGAUUGUGCUUCAAUUCUGGAUUUAUUUACAUGAAAAACUAAACAUUCGAGUGCCGCUAAUACAAAAUCAAUACUCUAAGAAUUAAUAGCUUUAUUCAGCGAGUGUAGCGGAAUCUAUAUUAUUAUAAGGAUCAAAUACAAGUAAUGGAUAGAACUUAAAUACAUUAGCACACAGUAGACAAAGUGAGAAACUAUUAAAAUUAAUUACUCCAAAUCAAUUAAAGUUGGCGCUAGUUUUUGAACGUGACUCUCUUUCAUUUCCGCUAGAGGUCGCUUUUAUCGGCAUCUGUCCGCUAGGUUGGUGCGACUGCGUGCUACUUGACUGAACGAACGUCAAACAAUUGCAGAGUUCUCAAAACACGGAGACAGGGCUCCCGUCGCGUGCGGAGUCCUAAAUAUUUUGUGUGUUUCUCGUGCAAUAAGUUAGCUGUGAAAGUGUUUGGGUACAGUGUUCAGGAGUGGAGCGGGCGGGUGUUGUGGAUCAGCGGGCACUGGCUCGCGCGGCGGACUCCGUGGAUCGAUAGUGUGCGGAAUGGCGCAGCAAUGAGCCAGGGCGGAUCAAGGCGGCCUUACUCCCGCGGGGGCCCUCGGUGGCACCCUCGCUACAAGGACUACUGGGACUACGAGCAGAACUAUAGUGACGGCAGCAGUGCGGGCAGUCCCAAGGAGUGCGCGGGGGUAUCACCACCGCCCCUCACGGCGCAUCUCCCGCCGCACGCCGCGCCCCUCCCCGUGCCGCCGCACGUCAAGCGCGACGCCCGGCAUCAGCACCAACAUCCGCCACAUCACCAGCAGCAUCCGCAGCAUCAUCAACAACAUCCUCAACAUCACCAACAACAUCCACAACAUCAACAUCCGCAUCAGCAUCAGCAGCAUCCCCACCAGCAGCACCACAUCCAGGAUCAGAGGAACCAGCAUCCACAUCAUAUCCAGGACCAGAGGAGAUGUAGCGUAGCAGGUGGCAUGGGCGGCCCGGGCGGCUCCCGGCGCGCCGAGCGACGCUCAGCCGGCGUCGGCGAGCGCCGCAGACCAGAGAUGCGCGUGUCCCCGCCCCACAUAGCGGCGGCCGCCGGGCCCUCGGCGGAGCACCAGCACCAGCCACACUCCAACCACCACACGCCUACGCAUAUGGACACAAACCCGCUGGAGCGCGCGGAGGGCGGCUCGUCCGACGGGGAGCUGUCGUCCAAGCCGGGGGACAGUCCGUCACGGAAGCGCCGGCGCCUGUGCCGGACCCUGUCUGGAGGUGAAGGUGGCGUGGCCGUGCCGCCGCCGCCCGUGGAGCGACGGACGCCGAGACACCACUAUCAACCGCCACCCCGCCGAGUGCGCUACGCGGGCGUGUGGGAGCAGCCGCACGCGCCGCACGCCGCGCACCCGCCGCACGCGCACCACCCGCCGCUGCUGCUCGACAUCAACCAGAUGUCGCUGCGCGGCGCGCGGCUGGGCGGCGUGGGCGCGGGGGUCUGGCCGCACCGCGAGCCGCCGCCGAGGCAGCUGGCUGGAUAUCCCGUGGCGGCCGCGGGCGCCGAGAUCUGGCCGGCGGUUCUGCCAGCGCUCACUACGCUCCGUUACCAUCAGGUGGGCUCGGUGUACUCCGGCCUGCAGUUCGGCGCGCCCUUCCCGCAGCACGCGCACGCGCACGCGCACACGCACUACAUACAUAAUUCGCAGAGACCAGAAAGCGGUCGCCUGGAGGUGCUGGGCGGCGAGGCGCCGGAGCUACACCACGCGCCGCUACUGUUACAUACUGAGGCGCGAGGCGCGUCGCUGGAGCUGAUGGCGCCGCACCACGCGCGGCACGCCUUAACACACCACCACCAUCGUCGCAGCGGCGGCGGCGCGGGCGGCGUGGGCGCGGUGGGCGGCGUGGUCCCGCGGCGCAGCUUCGUGCACCGCCACGCCGCGCGCUGGCCGCACCACCCGCUGCACCACAUACACCCGCAGGGUGGAGGCGGGCUGCUGUCGGCGGCGCUGCCCCCGCACCCCGCGCAGCUGCACGUCGCGUCGCUGCCGCCGCCGCCCACCUACCAGGUGUUCCUGAACCUGCUGGCCAUGUUCCCCCUCUCCCCGUACCCCGACGCGCGCAGCGACGAGUCGCCCGACUCGCCGGAGACGGAGAACUACGAGGCGCUGCUGUCGCUGGCCGAGCGGCUCGGGGAGGCCAAGCCGCGCGGCCUGCACAGGGCCGAGAUCGACUUACUGCCCAGCUACAAGUACACGCAGCAUGCUGGUGGCGAGCAGAGUUCGUGCGUGGUGUGCAUGUGCGAGUUCGAGGCGCGCCAGACGCUGCGCGUGCUGCCGUGCGCGCACGAGUUCCACGCCAAGUGCGUCGACAAGUGGCUGCGGUCAAACCGGACGUGCCCGAUAUGCCGCGGCAACGCGUCCGAGUACUUCAACAACUCGGAGUGACUCAGCGCGCCGCGCCCUUGCCCCAAGCCCAGCUAGUGCGGCCCACAAGCGACGGGGUGCCGCCACUGACCCAGAGAUGGCGCUGUCUGCUAUUACGCAAAACUAUCAAGAGAUGGCGCUGCUUAUGAAAGUUCGCGCAGUUGCCGAUAGAUGGCGUUAGUGGUUACUGAAUGCUGCAAUAGUAUAGGAUAUAGAUGGCCUUGAAAUUAAUUACACAAAAUGCAAUAAAUUAAUGGCAUAUCCUAAGCAUAGAACCUUGCUGAAACAAAACAUACUUUCAUUACUAAGAAAGCAGCAUUAGUGGGGCACCCUGUUUUUCGCCAGUGGGAGGGCUGCGAGAAAAGGUCCAGGAUUCCAGAAGAUUCGUGUUGUGAUGUGAAAGAGUUUAUAAAAUAAGGUUUAUUUCGACAUAUAUUGCGCUAGUUCGGGGUGUGAAUUUUGGAGUGUUUCUUUUUUUUGUCGAGAGUGAACAUUUUAUUUGGUGUUUGUAAACAUUGAUGGCGGUGAUUUAAAUUGAUUAUAGAAGAUAUAUAAUUAAGAUAACUGAAGAUAAGAUCUUAUAAAUAUAAAGAAAAUAUGCUAUGAGGGCCUGUUAUACAAUAUCCAAUAAGAUGGUGUUGCCUCUACUAAGAUCCGAAAUAUAGAAUCUAUGAUCAGUUUAAAUCACUUGAUUGAUGAUAAGUAACUGUAAGGGAAGCGCAAUAUAUGUGAAAUGGGGUAGGAUGUGUAGUGCGUGCAAGGGCGUGUGGUAUUACACACCAUACUAAAAGGACGCUUAGUGCGAUUUGCCAAAAUAUCAUGUGUUUUUGUCCUCAGGUGAUUCCAGUAUCUGAAAAUGUUUCGUGCGUAUUCCCGACUCUAUCCCAUUGUAUUAAAGGCGGGAUGCGCACGGAAUUGUCACAGAAUUUUAUAUAUAUAUAUAAAAAAAACGUAUAGAUGUA